AUGUCAAGAUCCGACGAUCUUGCGACUCGCGUCGUUGAAUAAAUUUAUAUAAUAUUAUUAUGUGUAUGUUCCUUUGAAAUUUGUUGAUAUUUCUCAAUCUACGUUUCAAAAGUAGGUUGCCGACGGCCGUAACGCCUCAUGAUUUAUAUUAUUAAAAUAUUAUGUUGUGCUUCUAUCGGAUCCGCAGCUGUUGUUCUUAUACACAUCGGAAACAGUAACGGUGUACCGAACGUUCCGUCAGCCAUCGAAUACGUCGCCGCGAUGUCUCUAUACACGACUGUACGACAACGACGCACAUAGAUAAUUAUUAUCUAUAACUGUGAGCUGUGACGACAACAACUUACUGCGAUCGAGAGUUCCGCAGUAUUUCGUGCGCAAAAUAUAUCAAUCAUGUACGGUUCCGUGGUGUUCGUCUCCCGUCCGAUGGUCGAUCAUUUCGCGGCGUUUUGCUAAGUCCCAACGGUUUCGCUUCACGCUGCUUCGCCGGAUCACCGUCGUAAUAGUUUAAUAUCAUCAUCAUUACCGACAUCGUUUCUCGUCCGCUGUGUCCCGCGCACCACUGAUGGACCCAUGUCACCGACGUCGGCUGACACGUUGGAUCGAUCAAAAACAAUGUUAGAACUUAGCGUGCCGAAAAAUGUUUAGUAAAAAAGUACAAACGGACGUGAAGAAAUCGGCACACAAGAUAUUGGACCCGAAAAAAGACACUGCGACGAGAUUCAAACAUUUGAAAUUUUUACUAGACAACAGUGACGAAAAUGAAUCUAAACAUUUGUUCGAAAGCAACUACAGCAGUAUCUAUCAAAUAUUUUAUGAAAGUUUCAUUAGUGUUGAAGCCAAUUUGAAACAAAGAGUAACUAAAAUUCAUAGAGAUGAGCUUGAUACUAUAUUAAUAAUAUUAGAAAAAGUAUUAACAUUAUGUCCAGAAAUUGUAGCACAAAGAUGGCAAUGUCACAGUAUGUGUAUGAUCAUAACCAAACUAUUACAUCCAGAAAAUUCAUGGCGGUUAAGACGUGAUGGAAUAAAAUUUUUUAUUUUAUGGUACCAAAUUUUGGGACAUAAUGCACCUGACUCGGUGCAUGCAAUAUUUGCAACACUUGUACCUGGGUUUUCCAGUCCAAUACCUGAACAUCCUGGAUUGGCAGCACUCUGGAAUAACCAUUCAUCUUCGAUUAAUUUACAUGAAAGUUUGUUGGGUCCAGUCAGUACUGUAGAAACUAAUCUGUUAUAUGCACCACAAAUGGGUGAAAAACAGCCAGAUGAUGUAGUCAAAUACUAUUUAGAAUCCCUUCUAGAAUUAAUGGUUAAUCAGGUUCCACGUAUUAUGUGGAAAGAUCUGAAAAACUGUCAAAGGCGUUGUUUUAAUUAUUUAUUUGAAAAAUUCAAACAAUUUUAUUUACCUGCUAUUUUUCCGGAUUAUUCAACAGCUACUAAUGUUUAUAAACAAACAACAGAUCUACCAGAUUGUUCUAAUCAAAUCAGAAAUGAUGCAAAUAGUAGCUGUAGAGUUUGUGUGAUAAAAUGGCUUGCUGGAUAUACUCAAGAUAUUAAACAAAAACACUACCCAAAUAUUCCUUUGAUAUCAAAAUUUAUGGGAGAUAAAGCUCAAUUAGUAGCUUUUGAAAUUGUCAGAGAUACUUUGUACAAAUCGAGAGAAAAUGUGAAUUUAAUUCAUGAAAUAUUUCGUCAGGCAUUUUUAUUGAAUUUUAGUUGGGCUAUGGCAAUAAGAAGAACUAUUGCUGUGUACAAAGAUUGGAUUCAAUUAAGUGUUUCUCAACAACCUCCUUUCAUGUUAGAUCCAGAUGGAACAAAUGUACAAAUGUCUAGUUUAGAUAAUAAUCCAGAAGAAAUUCCACCAGUUAAAUAUGAACCUAAAUAUGGUGAUAUUAGAGCAGGAUUUCAGAAUGUCAUUCAAUUGUUUAUGACAAAUGCAUUACAUGUAUUUGUGGCCCAAAGUGGUACUGAGUAUCCAAUGUUGUUGGAAGAACAAGUAGAUACCUGCAAACGAGUUUUAAAUAUUUAUAGAUAUAUGGUCAUGCACACAUAUAUGUCUUUAAAAACUUGGGAGCAAUUAUUAAAUGUUCUAUUAAGAAUAACUACACUUGUUUUGAAUAAAAAACCACCCAGACGAAAAGAAGACACUUUAUCCGGAAAAUUAGCUCCAGCAAUAUUUCAGACUUUGAUUGUGACUUGGAUAAAAGCUAAUUUAAAUGUACCCAUUUCUGAGAAAUUAUGGGAUCAGUUUCUAACAGUACUUUGUUCACUCACUCAAUGGGAAGAACUCAUAAGGGAGUGGUCGAAAACAUUAGAGACUCUAACAAGAGUAUUAGCCAGACACGUCUAUGGUCUGGAUUUAGCUGAUUUGCCAUUAGAUCGUAUAUCAGAUAAAAAAUCAAGAAGAAAACGUGGCAGUACUACACUAAACUCUACAUAUAACAUGUGUAAUUUGUCACACACACGAGUAAACCAACAACGAGGUUCAGUGACAGACAAUCAAUCAGAUAAUACAACUAAAAGACGAACAUUUAUAAAACGAUCAAAUAGUGAUUCAGAUAUAUCAUACUAUUUAUUUCAAAAAUAUAGUGAUACUGAUACAGUUUUCAACAUUACUGAAACACCGACAACAGAUGACCUUAAAUAUAACUGGAAAGAUGAAAAAUCAUCUAAGUGUUUAUUUAAUGUACGAAAAUGUCAUUCUUUAGAAAAUUUAUCACAAUUAUUAAUGUUACGAAUGCGAGACACACAUUCAAGGUCACCCUCUCCAGUACCUUCAACUGGUAUGGAAAGUAGUUUAUUUAAAGAAGCACACAUGCAAAUAGAAAUUAUGUCAUCUCAACAUCCUUCUUCAGAAAAAGUAACCAAUAAAAAGUCAGUCAUGUCUGGUGGUGAUGUAAGAGGAUGGACACCCGAUGUUGCUGCAAUAUUAUGGCGUCGAAUGCUCAGUGCUCUUGGAGAUGUAAAUACAUUAGAAAAUCCUUUACUUCAUGAACAAGUAUUUCAAUACUUACUGGACCUCAGCACAACUAUGACCAAAAUAUAUCAAAACCAAGGAAUGGUAGAAGAAGAGACAUUUGUGUCUCUUGAAUUAGUUCCACCAAUUUCUGUGAUUUCCCCUUGGUGUUUUCAGGCCCUAAAGUUACCAAAAGCUUACAGAAAUGGUAAACUCCACGCAUAUAAGUUGUUAUGUCAGAUUACUUUAAAUAAUAGAGAUAUGCCUCAAGGACAAAAAUAUGUCACACAAUUUUUUAAAGUUCUACAUUACGGUUUAACUUCUAGUGAUCAAGAAGUUGUCAACACUAUAUUAAAAAAUACUGGUUCUGAAUUUUUUUCUCACCAACUUCCUGGUUUUACUUUGCUUACAUUAGAUUUUGUUCACGCUUGCAAUGAAGUCCUUAGUGGAACAAAUGUUGUUCUGGCUCCACGUGCUGAAGCUGUGUCUAUAUUAGGCUCUCUGUUAAGUUUCCCUUCAAACCUUACCAAAGUACCUUAUCUUAAACCAGAUUGUCAUCAGUUUGUUAUAACAUAUUGUCCUGAUAUAAAAGACACAGUAAUAACAAUUAUGUUGAAAGUGGCCAAGAGAGAACCAUCAGCAUUAGCAAGAUGUAUUUCUUUGUCAAAUUUGGGCAUUUUUUUAUGUCAAGAAUUAAGUAAUAACAGUAAACAUCCUUGUAUUAAAGAAGCAAUUAUUACAUUACUACAUGCCUUACAAUUUAAAAAUGAAAAAAUUUCCCAAGUAGCUUGUGACAAUGUUUUGCUGCUUUGUGAUUAUAUACCAAGCUUGUUAAAAUAUUAUCCUGAUAUUCCACCAAAAGUACUCGAGGUAUUAUCUGCAACAUUAGCAAAUAUGUUACCAAUCGGUGACAGGAAUAAACGUUUAUUAACAUCUCUAGUAUUUUGUUUGGCUGAAUGGACAAUGUGUAUCCCUGUACCACUUUUGUUAGAGCUACGGUCUAAGCAAAGCUUAUCAAUGACUGUAUUCAUGGUUAUUGAUGCUUUGAGCAGAACAUGUAAUGAUAAAACAAUUGAACAUCUAAAAAAAGCAACAGAAGUAAAUUUAGAAUAUUCAAAUGAAUUUACGUUUGAUAUUACAUUAGACAAUUUAAAGUCUGGCGAAUCGAAAAGCAAUAAUAAAUUUGGUGAUCAUAUUAUUACACCUACUCAUUUAAAUAGUACCCGACACUCACUUCAGAUUGCUACUAGAAUGAUAAUUAACCAUUUGCUAAAUCAUUUGGGCCAAUUUCCGAUGCUAAUAGGACCUGCAAGGUUAUGUUCCAUGGUAUCUGAACAUGAUGACACUUUAAACUCUAUUUCUGAACAACUUACGAUUGACAUAUUUACUGUCCCCAGCAUACAGUUAUUUAUGUCCAUUACUAAUAUGUUGGUCAUGUCUAUAAUUGAAUUACCUGCAUUAGAAGUACCAGGUGGAGGAAUCACAGCCGGUCUAAGAACAGGUUUAAAUCAAGUGCGAGUUCUACAACGUGAUUUAGUCGGAAAAUCAUGCUGGGAUAUUUCUCCACUGUACUGUGGUCCUAACUAUGAGCAUGAAAGUGACAAUAACUUGUUUAUUAUCAAUCCUGUUCAAAAAAAUAAUGAAGCUGAAGAAUCGAUUGUUGUAACAUACAGUACAAAUUGUCAAACCCAACAUACCAUACGUCAUCGAGCUCCUAAUGUUUUACCAACUUUUGAAAAUUCUGCAGACGAUCUAGAUAAUCUUGAUGAUUUACUCCAGUAUGUUGGUUAUACGAGUUCUGAAUGUUUAGAAGACAUGGAAAUUUUGCUUAACAACCCUGCAAUAAAGUCUCCUAUGACUUCACAAUUAGAACAGGAUAUCAUGAGUACAAUUUUAGGACAAAGGUUCAUGGACAACAGUUAUACAGAAAAAUUGAAUACUGUACACUAUAAUCAUAUGGAGAAACGACCUCAAUGUAGUGUACAUAAGUCUCCAUUUCAAAAUGGCCGUGCCCUGUUUUCGGAAUUAGGUUUUACAAGCUGGGACCAACGGCGACAAAUCUAUCAGCUUGAACGUAACGAAAAAGUCCUGAGAGAACUUCGCGUCCUCGAUGCUCAAUGUUGUAGAGACACUCAUAAGAUCGCCAUCAUAUACGUGGCCGAAGGCCAAGAAGAUAAGGUGUCGAUCAUAUCAAACACUGGUGGCAGUCAGGCGUACGAAGAUUUUAUUUCAGCAUUAGCUUGGGAGGUGGAACUGGAAACUCACAAUGGUUUUAUGGGUGGAUUGCAACGAAACAAAAACGCCGGUACAACAACCCCAUAUUAUUCGACGUCGUUCAUGGAAGUUGUAUUUCACGUAGCCACCCGAAUGCCGACAACAACUACGCAAGAAGCAUACAUACAAAAAGCCAGACAUUUGGGAAACGAUGAAGUGCACAUUGUGUGGUCAGAACAUUCCAAAGAUUACAGACGUGGAAUUAUUCCUACAGAGUUCUGCGACGUUCUAAUCAUUAUAUACCCUCUACCAAACAAUUUGUUCAGGAUUCAAGUCUCCAGAAAACCAGAAGUACCAUAUUUUGGGCCACUUUAUAACGAGGUUAUCGUUCAAAAAUCAAUAUUAGCCAAUGUUGUGCGUUGCACGGCAAUAAAUGCAUCGUGCGCCAAACGUAGCAUGAUACCUUUCUACCAACAAUAUUACGAAGAGAGAUGGCGGUCAUUAGACAUGAUCAUGAAGAAUUACAAACACUCCAGCACCUUCGAAGAGUUUAUAUCAAACGUAUACUCGCCCGUCCAAACUACGUCUCCAUUCCAACAACAGCCUUAUUUAAGAAGCAAUUCAGAAAAAUACAAGUCAGACGAUUACGUAUUGUCCGGUUCGUCUUCAUCCAAUUUAGCUGCGGCACUCAUAGACUCGUCUCACCGGAAUAGGAACGCUAAAGGGUUAUCAAUAGAUUGGUCUAAGAAGAACGGGACUGAUGUGGAUGUGUUAAUAUCAGCUGGGAUAUCGCCUAGGCCCCACAAGAAAUUAACUUCACAUCAGAGUCUUAUGCGAUAACGUUGUCGAAAUUAAUGUUGAAGCGGAAAUGCAAACCGUCCGCCUGCAGUGAAUAAACCACACCAACACCGCCUGCACGUCUGCCGUCCAUACUCAAAUAUAUAUAUAAUAGUACCUAUAUAUAAUAUAUGCCAUAUAAAAGUGUUUGUUCAAUCCGUCGCCGUCAAGAAGAAGAGAGAUCGCCGACGAAGGGAACUCCUCUGCAGCCCAGUCGAUUGUGCGUUAUACUUCCGGUCGAUGAUCGCGGUAUCUUGUCGCGCGCACAUAGGCGGUCGUCGUCAAAUCGUGUGUGACGUGCACGCAAAGACGAUGACCGAGCGGAAGACGAUCGAGCGGAACACGCCGUGCGUUAAAGUACAAAAUAUUCCAAAAAUAAAAAAUACAACAGUUUCCUCGUCCUAUCCACUUACGACGCUAUUUUCGCACCACACAUUAUAAUAUACUAAUGAGUUACUAUUUUAUUUUAUUUUUUUCUUUCAACUAUACACAACCGUUCUUAUAAUUAUUAUUCGAACUAUAUAUUUUAUAUUAUUUCUUUUAUUAUUACUGUAAUUGUUAUUAUUUCUACCGAUCCGUCCCGUGUGUACUUAAGCCGUUGUUGUUUUAUUUAGCUAUACUCCGAAACCUAGACUGACAUGUUCUAUUCCGUGUAUAAUAAUAUGCGCUCCUCUCCCCCGCAAUCAUAUAUUAUUAAUUAUUAUUAUUAUAUUAUUAUACUCGAACGUACUAUAUAAUAAUGUGAUAUAAUAUGUAUCUAAAUGCGUAUUAUAAUAAUAGCGACACGACAAUAACAUAUACCUAUUAAUAUCAGAUGCGUUUUGUUUUCUCGACACGUUUCGUGCAUAUUACACGCAAUUACGACGUUUCAACGAUGACAAAAAAAUAGUAAUUUUAACACCUGUACGGGAUGGUCCCACCUACCUCGGUCGCGCGGCGUACUACACGACCCAUGAUAUACGGCCAUCGGUUCACGUACGUCAUAGACUAUACGCAUAAUAUUGAUAGUUUUAAACGGUUUAUGGUGUAUGGCAUUAGAUGAUAUUAUAUUGCGAUCGAAUCGGUUUUACAAAACUUAAACGUGACACGUAAAUAUUAGGUAUAUUUUUUUUAUCCUCGACAAGCCCCGCGCGCGCCGCGGUAGGCGCCCCGAUGGCCCAUCAGUCGAAUUAUUUUUUUCGUUUAGCACAACUAUACGACGCGCGUCAUUUCAUCGUUUCGUAUUAUCAUAAAUAUAAUUAUUAUUACGUGACAAUAAUAUACGCGCGCAACACUGUUCGUUAUUAUAUUAACCGAAUAAUAUAUUAUGUGUGUCACGGUUUAACUAUAUACGCGUGUCCAAGUAAUAUAUAAUAAUGGUAACACAAUGUCCUUACUAUUUUUUUUUUUGUUUUUUAAUCGCUAAUACGCGAUGUCGCGUAUGACUUCUAUCGUCAUUACUAUAGGUAUUAAAAUUGAAUUAUUUGUUAUUUUUUAUUUCACGUUUUACUGCGAUCUCGUUUACUCACGUUUGUUUAACUUAAGUCGAUUACAUUCAUACGGAGGAUUACACCUUCUACUGUGGCGCUGUAACGCCAACGGUAUUGAUAAUUCUUAUAAUAUAGCCGCGUUUGAACGUAUUUAUUGUUCUUUACAUUAUAAAAUGUGCACUAAAAAUACUUUCGUCUUGUAUAAUAUUAAAACAUGUUAUCAUUUAUUGUGUUUAGGUACUUUUUAACACGUUUUAUACUCUAUUCAUAUAGAUAUAUUUAUUAUAUGUAUUUUAAUAUUUGAACGUAACGUAACUAUCAUAUAUUUAAUUUUUUCCAAUUUUUAAUCUGUGAUUUUUUCUCUAGUUAUUUAUUUAUUAAUUUUAUUAUUAUUAUUAUUAUUAUUAUUUAUUAUUUUAUUAUUAUGUAUUAUUAUAAUUAUUUUAUUUCUGUUUCUAACUUUUAACCAUUAUACGCAUUAAGUUCAAACACAUCUUUCGGUAUGCUCGUCGCGCACAGUAUUAACGCUAUCCACACAAAUGACGGGUGUACCACAUCAGUACCUAUAGUGGCGUCGAUGUCAUCGGAAAUCCAUAUAAUAUAACAAAUUUCUGUACACCUAUCGCACAACCUAAUCCACCAGAUUCAUUAGUUCCUGUUUUACAAUAAUUUAUUGUUGACAUAGUAGUUCGAAGUUUUCAUCAAUUUCAAACUCCAGUACACCCACAUAAAUUACCUAUGACAUUAAUCACCGUUGAAUCAAAGGAUCGGCGCCACUGCCAGUACCUACUUCGGACUUCCUAUCCAAACAUCUUUAUAAUUAUAGCGAAUAAUGUAAUAUUUUCAUAUUAUAAUGUAAUGUCGAAGCGACGAUCGUACACGCCGUCGUCGUCUCGGCAAAAGGGUUAAUAUAUAACUAAAUCAUUUUAUUUUUUAAAUAAGUAAUAAAAUAUAUGUAAUAAAAACUAUUGUUUAUUAAAAAAAAAUUAUAUAUAUAUAAA